AUGGUCCCACCGCUCCCCCGCUCCCUCCUCGCCGGCAUCGUCCAGUGCUUCGACCCGCUCGACAUGCACGGCUUUCGCGACCUCCGCACCUUGACGACCGUAUCCAAGGCCUUCAAAGCCGUCGCACAGCCUCACUUGCUCUCGGUCGUUCCGGUGCACAACCCUCAGGACAGCGGGAUCGGCCGCCUCCUGACCCUCCUGCGACUUCUCCAGACACCGUCUGGCGAAGAUGAGCCUACGACGGCAACGGCGUCGAAGAAAGGAGGGAAGGCCGGGGUCAAGGGGAAGAAGGCUGGCGCGAAGGCGAAGGGAGCGAAGGGAGGUCCAAAGGUGGCUGCGAAGAGCGUCGAAUGGGUCGACUCGGAACCGGAGGACCACUUCAUCCACGAGGAAGGCGAAGGGCCCGCCGGCAAGGCUCUCGAUCCCCGCACGAAGCGCCUUCUCGCCGUCCUUGCCAAAGCUCCUGCCCUCGCCGCCUACCCGACGCAGCUCAACUUCUACGGUGUCUUCGAAGGCGGCGCUACCCCCCGCGCUGUCCACCGCGUACUCGCUCUUUGCCCCAACAUCCAAUCGAUCAAGCUCGUGCAGCAUGCCAGCGGCGACUCGGACGACGAGCGCGGAAGGUGGCCUUUGCUCGUUCUGCAGACCAUCGCGGCGGAGCGGCCUCGCCUUCAUUCGCUGAUCAUCCGCGGCGCACGCAUCGCCAACUCGGAGGCCGUUCUCCAUGCUCUCUCCGGCAUGACGGCCCUCAAGGAGCUCGAAGUCGAGUUUGCCAACGACGAUUACCUCCACGAAUGGGAUCGCUCGUGGAACCGCCACAACUUCGACUUUGAGCUUGAGCGCCUCGUCCUCAGCACCCCUGCGACCACCGAGUUGUUCGGCGACUUGACGCGCACGUCUCGCUCGACCCUUCGCACCGUCGGCAUCGCCCUCUUGCGCGACGAGUACGACCUUUCCGGAUUCACCAAGCUCGAGCGGGUCAUCAUUACCGCUUGUCAGUACGGCGUCGUUGUGGCGACGCUCCCCUCUCUCCCGAAGAGCGUCACCUAUCUCGAGAUCCGCGAGUCGACGUCGAUUGGCUGGCUGGACGGUCGGAUGAGGAAAUACGAGAGCGAGGACGAGUGGUCGGACGAGCUCGACGCGGACGAGGUGGAAGAGCUGGACGAGUGGGAGCGCGACGAGUACGAAGAGAGGUGGGAGGAGCGCAGGGCGGACAGGGACCAGAAGGAGAUCGACAACUGGUUCUCGAGCAUGCUGUCCAGCAUCCCGCGGCACAUCAAGCACCUUCGCCUGCCCCAGUUCCUCGACGAUGACGAGUUCAAGGAGGUCCUCGGCUGGCUCGCUGCUCCGUCCUUCCUCCCAAACCUGCGCAUCUUCGAGGUAACCGACCCGCUCAAGGACCGCAACCUCGAUGAGGAGGAUCUGGAGGAAGGGGAGAUGGACAAGAUGCGGAUGCAGCGUAAGAAGCUGGCCGACAUCUGCGCCAAAAGGGGCGUCCUGCUCGGGCCGUGGGACGAGGAUCUGGAGCAGGUGUGGAACGACGAGGGAAGGUCCCGCGGGCUCUCUAGUUGGACGCUGGGGCGGAGAACGCUUGUAGCCUAUCUGCAUUUGAGCUUGUUGGUAUAG